AUGAAAGGAAAUUUAACAAAUUCAUCCGAAAUGUCAUCCUCAACAACAUUGAAGCCACCGCUACCGUCACCAACAGCAUUAAAUGAUGAUUUAGCAUUUGUUUCUGGCAGUACAGUUGAACGACAAGCCUAUGCUAGACAUUAUAAAAACCAGAAUGUUCAAGAUUAUGAUAUUAUGGUUGUUCAUGGUUUUAUUAGUUCUCCGACAGCUCUUAUUCAAACAAGUAUUCCUGGUUUUAAACAAAUUUUGUUUGAGCCGAUACAAAAACUAGGUAGUUUGUCGUGUUUAACAGGAACCUUGAAUUCAACUGGACAAUUAUGUCUUAAUGGUUUACAAAUGAAAAUGUAUCAUAAAGUAAAAAAUGAAACGCCAUUUGUUGUUGAUUCAGCAGGGAUCGUGACAACUACAGAUAAAACCGAUUUGACCGCGAUCGUGACACAUACAAGUACAACCGAUUCCACAGCAGCUUCCGUUGCUGUAACUGUUACACGUGAGCCAUUACCAUUCGAAAAUGAUUUAACACAAAUUUUGCCCAAUUGGCUACACCAUCAGCAGCCACUAUCAGUGCCAACUCAUGUAUUAAAAGAACGUUUUUAUAAAUUUAGUAGAGGUUACAUGGAUGCUAUAAGUCAUUAUACAUUACCAUUGCUAAUAAAUGAACAUGUGCGAGAAAUGGCAACGGAAUGGAAUACAAAUGAACAGAGGUUCUAUGAUUUAUUAAAUAUAAUUGGGCCAGUAUAUGGUUAUCGUUUACCUCAAAAAAUAAAACAACAAUUACAACUGAUAUUCGACUUUUACGACAAACAUAAACAUUUAGCACAUUCAUCAAAAAUUAAAGAGACAAUUGACUACGUGAAUUAUUGUUUACCCAAAGAAAUAGAUUUAGUUCCGGCGAUACAAAUUAAAGGUUUCUGGCCUGAUGAUGUUCAACCGUUUCUUGAACGUUUUAGAAAAAAUUGUCCACAUUUAUAUAAUGAAUUAAUAUCGAAGACAUCGAUGCAUCUCAUUGCUAAAUGGUCAAAAAAAACUUCAGCCAUCGAUCAGGAACUAGAAUUUCGCUAUUCAUUUUCAGCACUUGAACGUUUAUUAGCGGACAAACGUACACAAAAUGAACAAAUCUUAAAUGGUAUUGCCCGAUCAAUCUAUUAUCGAUAUUUGACAAAAACUUCUGGUUCUAACCUCAUACCAUCGUAUUUUGUUAAGACAACGGUACUGUGGAUGUGUGAAACAAUGUCUGAUUUAAUCAAUAAUAUUGUUGGUGACAAUGCUGAAUCUAUAGCACGACAGCUUGGUUUUGAAUGGAUAAAAUUUGCUACGAAACAAUUACGAGAAGGUAUUUGUCUACAUUAUUUUAUUGAAAAUUUAAAUAUACUCAAAUACUAUAGGCCAGAAUUAUUAGUUGAAGCAUGUGAUAUUCUUGAGUAUAAAGUCAAAUUAGACGAAAUAGUGCGAUUAGAAUUUAUGGAGAUACAUCAACAAAUGGUAAAAGUGAUAAGUAAAAAUACUGAACAAUUUGUACGACAAAUGAAACUCACUGAUUUAAUUCAAGCAAUAAAUGAUUACUAUGAAAUGUCACAUGUGUGGUGGUCUUCGGCUAGUGAUGAUAACAACAACAGUAACAACGAUAUUCCUGUACAAUCAUGUUUAACAAUAUUAAAUACUUUAGCUUGUGCUGAUAGCAAUCAAUCAGAUUGGAAAAUAUUUCGUCAAUUGAUAUUUAGGAAUGAACAGAUGGAGGAGGAGAACGAACAAGACUUACCAGUAUGGGGCGAAAAUGUAUCGAUAUGGGGCCCAAAAGAUUUUGUCGAAAAUUUAAUUGCUGCUCCAUUCUUACUUAAAUCAACCCAUGAAAUUUUAAAUAGUGAUACGUUUACUGGUCGUUGUCCCGAAUAUAAUCCAUUUGAUAUCAAAAGUUUUCAAAAUGUUGCACAAGAUAUUAUGAAUCCGGAUCAUCUAAAACAUGUUAUUAUAUCGACAUUUGGUCCGUUAUUCACCAAUUCUCUUUUCGGUAUUGAUCAAAAUCGAAUGGAACAAGUUUUAAAAUCAUUUUUUCAACGAAGUUUAACGCAAGAUCAAGGAAUUGGACCUCAAUUAAACUUACAAGUGGAAAAUGUGCACUCCCGUUCAAAUCAGAGUCUGCUUAGUGGGGAUACUACUAACAACGACAGUAACCGUUUAAAUUUUGAACAUGAUUCGUACGAACCUCAACAAUUACAAAGGAGAACACAACAAUGUUGUUCCCGUUGUUUUACUGCUCAUUUUAUGAAUUUAUUGCAACAAGCACCAUCAAAAGAUAUGACUAUAGGGGAUUACAUUGAUCACGAACAAAAACUAAUUGAAGAACAACAUAAGCAAGCUGAAUUAGACGAUGAUUUAAUGGCACAUGUCUUACAAGAAUCUCUUAAUGAUCAGCAAGAUGCUGAACAACUUUUAUUGUUAAAUUUCGAAGAACACAAUAAUCAGCAACUACCAUCAAAUGAUGUAACUGUUGAAGAACCUAGAGUAUAUAACGGUCUAUUGAUCAGUGAUUCGGAGCCAUUUCUCAAUGAUACUGAACAGACAUCAAAUGAUGACAAUCAAAAACAAAAAGUUACGUCAAAUGAGAUUUAUGUUGACGAAGAGCAAAACAAAGAAGUAGAAUUAGACAACAACGAUUUAUCCACAACAAUGAGUUCAUUGAAAUUAUCUCUCGUUGAUCAACAAGUAGAAUCAUGGGAUACCCAAACACAAGAAUCAACAAACAGUCAACAACAAGUCUUCUUAAAUAACCUAACUGUUACAGAACAAUGUUUAAUCGACGAGCAAAAUAUACAAGCUGAAUUAGAUAACGAUGAACGGUUGGCACGAGCAUUACAAUUAUCCUUUGACGAUGAACACAAUAACAAUGAAGCUCAACAAACUGCUCAAUAUGAUGAAGAUCAUUUACUAGCUCUUGUCUUGCAGUCUAUGGAUGAUUAA